UAUAGCCCUUAUCAUUAAGAAUCAUCGUCAUAUGACUUCAUUAUCAACAGCCUUAAUCACCUAAACCAGAGACCUCAGCUUCCAUUUUGCACCUUCCCUUAAACUUCAGCCACAAAAAUCUAUGGACCAUUUUCAUCUUUUCAAUCUUUAUCUAAUCCAACCUCCAGAAGUCCUCCAAUCUUAGCUUUAAACUCUUAUAUUCCAUUCAAAUUCAAAAAAGGAAAAAUCAAGAAAGGAAAAAAUAGAAAAAAAGGCCAAAAAAAAAAAAAAAAAAAAAAAAAGGGACAAGAGGAAAAGGAAGAGCUGAAGUGCAAGAGUUGCCGCUGGUCGUCGUUGGAAUCCACCACUAUCUGCCGAACCAUUAUCAGAAUAGCCCUAUAAAGUUUAGUUUCACUACAGCAGAGAUGGGGACGAAGGACCCCUGGAGUUGAUUGACUAUUUAAAGCCUAUUGUAUCUAGGCGCGUACCCACAAACGGGUUGUUCCUCCUGCAUUGGCAACCAUCAUUUUGGGGACAUUCAUGUGGUAGUAUUAUCAAGAUAAUGCAGUCACAUUACGAUGUACAUGACAGUGAUGGUUUUCUGAUGGACUCAUGAUGGUGAUUGGAAGAAUUAAAACAAGCUUCGUCAUUAGCGUAACCAUCCAAUAUUUCCAAGGGCCAAUAGGCCUGGAAAUCAGAAUCCCUUGUCCAGGUCUCUUGUUAGAGUCCAUCAAUACCGCGGAUUCCAUAUUGACAAAUGACAAGCAACGAAAUUACUUAAACCAUCAUCGAAUUUUGGAGGGAUUUUCAAGCUAGUAUGAGCAUUCAGCCAUCAGCUAGCCAUGUUGGUUCUAAUCAAGCUUAUACCACUUGUGGUUUCUGCUCUAGCUGGCUUUGCAUCUUCCCAGGACCUUAGUAUCACCUACAAUGGAUUCCGAUCCACGAACUUGAGCCUGGACGGCUUAGCUCAGCUCACACCAAAUGGCGUCUUGAAGCUAACUGAUGACACCAAGGAGCAGCAAGGUCAUGCCUUCUUUCCUAAUCCUGUCAGCUUCAAGAAUUCAGCCAAUUCCUCUGCGUUCACCUUUUCCACCACCUUCAUCUUUGCUAUAGUGUCUGAAUACCCUACUAUGAGCGGCCAUGGAAUUGCUUUCGUGAUUGCACCAAGAAGAGGCCUUCCAGGAGCUCUUCCUAGUCACCAACUUGGCCUCUUCAAUGAAACAAACAAUGGAAAACCGACCAAUCAUGUCUUUGCAGUGGAACUCGACACAGUCCAAAGCAAAGAGUUCAAUGAUAUCAAUAAUAACCACGUUGGGAUUGACAUCAACGGGCUGAACUCCACACUAGCAGCUCCUGCAGGUUAUUAUUCCAAUGGCAACGGUGUUGUUCAGAACUUGACUCUUGCUAGUGGUAAAGCAAUGCAAGUUUGGAUCGACUACGAUGGAACAGCUAAGCAUAUAAGUGUCACAUUAGCUCCAAUAUAUGCUGGUAAACCAAACAAACCUCUUUUAUCUUUACCCAAUGAUCUUUCACCAGUAUUAAAUGAAAUCAUGUAUAUUGGAUUUUCAUCAUCUACCGGUUCUGUGCCGACAUCCCAUUGCCUUCUGGGAUGGAGUUUCAAGAUGAACGGUGUGGCUCAAGGGCUUGAUCUUUCUCAACUUCCUAAGCUCCCGCGAGUUGGACCUAAGAAAAGGUCCAAAGUAUUAACAAUUGGUUUACCUAUAAUUUUGAUUGCUUCCCUGUCAAUUGCAAUCUCUGGUGUAAUAUAUCGUGUGAGAAUUAAGAAGAAGUUUGCAGAAGUGCUUGAGGAUUGGGAGCAUGAGUAUGGUCCUCACAGAUUCAAGUACAAAGAUUUGUAUAUCGCUACAAAAGGGUUCAGGGACAAGGGAUUACUAGGAAGCGGGGGUUUUGGUAAGGUAUAUCAUGGCAUCCUGCCUAGCUCCAAACUUGAGGUUGCUGUCAAGAGGGUAUCUCAUGAUUCCAGGCAAGGAAUGAAACAAUUUGUGGCAGAAAUUGUCAGCAUAGGCCGGUUACGCCAUCGAAAUUUGGUUCCACUUUUAGGUUACUGCAGGCGGAAAGAUGAACUGCUAUUGGUUUAUGAAUACAUGCCAAAUGGAAGCCUGGACAGAUUUCUAUAUGAGCAGCAUGAGAACACCCUGAACUGGAGCCAAAGAUUUCGAGUCAUAAGAGGUGUAGCAUCUGGAUUGUUUUAUCUACAUGAAGGAUGGGAACAAAUAGUGAUCCACAGAGAUGUAAAGGCCAGCAACGUCCUGUUAGACAGUGAAUUGAAUGGAAGAUUAGGAGAUUUCGGGCUUGCCAGAUUGUAUAAUCGUGGAACAGACCCUCAAACAACUCAUGUUGUUGGAACAUUUGGAUACCUCGCGCCAGAGCAUACUAGAACUGGCAAGGCUACAACCAGAACGGACGUAUAUGCCUUUGGCGCCUUUUUGCUUGAGGUAGUUUGCGGCAGAAGACCAAUAGAACCACACCCCCCAACAGAGGACGCCAUUUUGGUUGAUUGGGUAUUUUCUUGCUGGAACAAAGGGCAAUUUCUUGAAGCAGUUGAUCCAAACAUGGGACUUAAUUAUGUGAAAGAGGAGGUGGAAUUGGUCAUGAAGCUCGGAUUGUUGUGCUCACAGUCAGACCCCAUAGCAAGGCCAAGCAUGCGUCAAGUUGUUCUAUACUUGGACAGCGCCUUGGCACUGCCAGAUUUAAGCUCACUUGGGAUUUCUGCCAGUGGCCUGUCUUUUGCAAGUCAGGAAGGUUUCGGUGAUUUUAACUUAUCAUGUCCAUCUUCGAUGGACAAGCCAUUUUCACACGCUUCGUCCUCUGUUGCAGAAUCGCUACUAUCUGGAGGUCGGUGAUUGAGGACAAUGCUUUCGGUUAAUUAUUUUUUCUGGAGAAUUAUGCAAUUGCUGAUCAAUAAGAAACUAUGGCUCUCUGUCACCCCCCCCCCCCACCACCACUUUCUGUGGCUCUGCGUUUAGUUUGGCAUUAGGGAGUAAGUGGUGUCCCUAAAGACCGAAAACUAGCCAUUAAUGAGAAUUUAGUAAGUUUAAGUGUGGAAUUGGUAGAUAAUAUUGUGCAGUAAUUCAUUCAUAACAAAACCUAUACAUCACCAUCUGUUCAUCUUCUUUGUCUGGAAUGUAUAUCCAGUCAUUACAGUCAUCA